GACUCUUGUCUUGAUUUGUGAGAGCGAGCGCGUGCGGGGAGGCAGUGCUCAACACACAUCAGUCUGAAUAGAGAAUAAACAUGAGCGAGCUGUGAGCCUCUCUGGUGCGCCUGCUCUACUGAAGGACAUUCACUUGUCUUCACUUCAUCCUUAUUUUGAUCCUCGGGUGACCGCCAAACUGUCUAAUCUGGAGGAGGACGGGGAGACUAGCAUGGCCAUGACGGGAGGCAUGGCAGCGCCGCUCCCGAUGAGCAACCAUACACGUGAGAGAGUCACGGUGGCCAAACUCACGCUGGAGCACUUCUACAGCACCCUGCUCACCCAGCACGAGGAGCGGGAGAUGAGGCAGAAGAAGCUGGAGAAGGUGAUGGAUGAGGAAGGUUUACCUGAUGAAGAGAAGAGCAUGAGGCGAUCUCUGCACGCUCGUAAGGAGACCGAGUUUCUGCGGCUUAAGAGGACCCGGCUUGGUCUCGAUGACUUCGAGUCCCUUAAAGUGAUCGGGAGAGGAGCAUUUGGAGAGGUCCGCCUGGUUCAGAAAAAGGACACUGGUCACAUUUAUGCCAUGAAGAUCCUCAGGAAAUCAGACAUGCUAGAGAAAGAACAGGUGGCCCAUAUCCGGGCUGAGAGAGAUAUCCUAGUGGAGGCUGAUGGCGCCUGGGUAGUGAAGAUGUUCUACAGCUUUCAAGAUAAACGCAAUCUGUAUCUCAUCAUGGAGUUUCUGCCUGGAGGAGAUAUGAUGACUCUGCUGAUGAAGAAAGACACUCUAUCGGAAGAAGCUACACAGUUCUAUAUUGCAGAGACUGUCCUGGCCAUUGACUCCAUUCACCAGCUGGGCUUCAUUCACAGAGACAUCAAACCUGACAACCUGCUGCUCGACUCACGGGGCCAUGUCAAACUGUCUGACUUUGGCCUCUGCACAGGCUUGAAGAAGGCCCAUCGGACUGAAUUUUACAGGAACCUCACACACAACCCUCCCAGUGACUUUUCAUUUCAAAACAUGAAUUCAAAACGCAAAGCAGAAACAUGGAAGAAGAACCGAAGACAGUUGGCAUAUUCAACUGUCGGGACGCCAGACUAUAUCGCCCCUGAGGUAUUCAUGCAGACGGGCUACAACAAGCUGUGUGACUGGUGGUCUCUUGGAGUGAUCAUGUACGAGAUGCUGAUAGGCUACCCACCCUUCUGUUCAGAAACGCCACAGGAAACCUACAGGAAGGUCAUGAACUGGCGAGAAACGUUAAUUUUCCCCCCCGAAGUGCCCAUUUCAGAGAGAGCAAAGGACUUGAUCCUUAGGUAUUGCACCGAUGCAGAAAACAGGAUUGGUUCAGGAAGUGUGGAUGAAAUUAAAUCCCACCAGUUCUUCGAGUCUGUGGACUGGGAGCAUAUCAGAGAGAGACCUGCUGCUAUUUCCAUCGACAUCAAGAGCAUCGAUGAUACGUCCAACUUCGAUGACUUUCCAGAGUCAGACAUUCUACAGCCAGUGACAAAUGUAACAGAACCAGACUUCAAGUCCAAGGACUGGGUUUUCCUUAACUACACCUACAAACGCUUUGAGGGAUUGACACAGCGUGGCACCAUCCCCACUUACAUGAAGGCGGGGAAGGCGUGAAACAGGCCACUGAUGGUCUGGAAGAGAAGGAUCAGAAUGUAAAUGACAAUUCAAAUGCAGAUCUCUGCGGAUGACAAGCUUACGCACUGCCGCUUUGUGCGAAACAGAAGACCUGUUCUCAGAGGAGUCCCUGGUGAGGAGAAAAACAAAAAGCAUAAUAAUUGUAUGGCCAAAUAUAUGGAAAGACUCUAUUGUCCUGCUGCUUAGCUAAAAGGGGACACAAAUGUUGUCCAAAUGAUCUUCAACACUGGAUCAAACAGGGUCACAGAGGAAAGAAAGGGAAACGGAUACAUCACUGAAGCCUAACGUUCAGAAAACAGAGGAUGUUUUAACCUCGAGCCUCUUCGGUAACUAAACUGCAAUAAAGUUAAUUUCUCUCAGUCGUUUUUAAGCUGCUUUACCCCAAGGAAGUUGAGAAUCUGUAUAAACCCAAAUGAAACAUGUACACUGUUAGAUACACUGUAUGAUAUAGUUAACUUCCUGAUGCUGAAUAUUUCCCACAAGUGUAUUUUGUGUUUUUCUGCAGUUGUUUUAAUGUAUUGUUGCAACCUACCUAGAAAAAAAAAAACUUGAGGAGGAGCAGUUUUGUUUUUUUGUUUAUAUCAUGCCAGUGAGCAGCCAGCCCUUCCUUUACCUGUUCCUCAUUCAUUUUUGUUCGGUUGUGAGCAUUGUUGACCUAUGCAACCAUUUUUAUAGUUGUUGUAAAACAUGCAGGAUGUAGCUUCAGUCAGUGGUUUUAAAGCAAAGAUAAAUAAUGCUAAAAACUUGCCCUCCUUUAUGUAAUAGAGUUUUGGAAAUCUACAGGGUUUAAGAGGAUGAUAAUAAUCAGCUGAAUUGCAAGAACAUUUUAGCAUAUUGUCGGCAAAAUUAACUUAAGAUGAUCAAAGCUUUAACCAAAUAACAGCUACAUAAUAGAGAACAAAAAUGGGUAAGUGAACUUCCAGUGUAUGGCUGUUAAAAGUUUUGGCGUGAGACCUCAGCCAGCAAUGUUAAUUGUUUCUUACAAGCUGUCUUGGUUGUUAGUUGAGGAUAUUUAGUGACUGGACACCUGCUGUUGUGCAUGACUACAAGUACUGGCCAGAUAGAAAGAAUGAGAAGAGAGCAAAUACUGUUGCUCAGUCCUGGAGGACCCCCUGCACUGCACAUUUAGUAUGUCUCCCUAGUAAUUGCAGUCUCUACUAACGAGCUGAAGACUGGAAUCGUGUGUUAGAUAAGAUUCAAGAUUUUUAUUCGUCACAUACACAAUUAUAUAGAGCAUAUAUAACCAGCAGUGAAAUGUGAGUCAGGUCCGCUCCAUGGACAGUGCAAUUAUUAAAGAAUACAUCACAGAUGAAAAUAUGUGGGAUAUAUAUACAUUAAGUGAGACGAUAUAAAAGGUGCAGGGCAGGGGGUCCUCCAGGACAGGUUUGGGAAGCACUGCUGUAGCUUAUGUGUAAAAGAUUGGUGCUUGGGGUUUUUUACUUAAUAUGUUCACUUUAGUUGCUUUGUUAAAUGUUUACUUGGUGUAAAAAUGUAAAGGCAAUAAAUAAAUGUAAACAAAAUAUGAAAAAAAAAA